AUGAACGAUGAUGAACUCUCGCUCCUGGUAUCAACAGGCUUACAGACCCUCCUGACUUCAGGAAGAAUCUCGACGCCAUUAACCUCCAUGGAUCUCCUUUUGGCUCUCAUAUCCUUCAGGCCAUCCACUUCCGCUGCUCCAAGCCUCACAAUACCACGACUAACUGAUUUAGCCCAUGUAGAAAAAGUACUCGAGGCACUCUCAUCGAACUGGGAUCAUGGUUCUAUCCUGCUGUCACACGAAGGCGGCGAGUUCUAUAUUAUGGAUGUUCAUCUGGGAAAUCCCCAUGUUCUCGAGGCUAUCAAUCCUCGGAAGCGCAAACGAGCACCCAUAGACGAGGAUGCGGACUCCGCUGCUGGUAACUCUCCUGAUGAGAUCUCAUCAUCCAACGGAGAAAACGAUUCUUCCAUCUCCAUGAACACCCCCUUAGGAAAUUUAAGUAAAGACUUGAAGGAGGUCUACGCAAUCCUCCAGAAGAGUACCGCCAAGGGCCGGCUGCUUGCGGAACGCUUUCGAUCUCUCAACGGUGGAUUCGAGCCGAUCUGCACCUAUAUUACCAAAGGAGAGUGCGCCAAAUUUCGCUCUGAGGCUGAUCCUUCCAAUCCGCCUAACCCUCCCUUCUGCAACCUCCUGCACUUCCGCCCUCUCAUUCGACCGCACACAGACCCCAGCCUUGGACAUUGCUCUUACCUAAACACAUGCUACUCUGAGCCGACUUACUCACAAUCGCCUUCGAUUACUCCUUUCCCACCUGGCACUGGCGCACGCGUGUCAUUACCAUCUGGUCUCGGUGCAGGUGGUAGGGGAAAAGAGAAAGCUCCAUGUCGGUAUUUGCAUUUCGAGAUUGAUUGGGACGAGAAAGAUGGACCUUCUGCUCCGGCUGAUGCAUGGAAAAACCAGAAGUUAAAGAAGCCUUUCAAGAUUGAGCUGGGAAUGGGCCCUGAUGGAAGAGACAUGCAAGUGCUUCCUCCUCAGUGGAUCAAUUGUGACCUGCGCCGUUUUGACUACUCAGUGCUAGGUAAAUUCCACGUUAUAAUGGCAGACCCACCAUGGGAUAUACACAUGAGCCUUCCGUAUGGUACGAUGACAGACGAUGAAAUGCGUGCCAUGCCGAUACCAACACUCCAGGACGAAGGACUUCUCUUCCUUUGGGUCACUGGGCGUGCAAUGGAAGUCGGUCGGGAAUGCCUUCGAGUAUGGGGGUAUACUCGUGUCGACGAAGUAGUCUGGGUUAAGACUAACCAGCUCCAACGCGUGAUCCGCACUGGCCGAACAGGCCACUGGCUCAACCACACGAAAGAGCACAUGCUUGUCGGUGUCAAAACUCGCACAGACGCUGCGGGGAACCUCAUUUUUCCCUCCUGGGCGAACCGCGGACUCGACACCGAUGUUAUCGUGAGCGAGGUGCGCGAGACGAGUCGCAAACCAGACGAGGUGUACGGCCUGAUCGAAAGGAUGUGUCCUGGUGGGCGGAAGAUUGAGAUUUUCGGAAGAAAGCACAAUACGCGAUCUGGGUGGUUAACGCUUGGGAAUCAGCUGGGUCAGGACCAGAUAUAUGAGGAGGAUCUAGCGGCACGGAUCAAGACGAGAUACCCAGAACGUUUCAUGUCUGUGUCUGGUCAAGCUAUGAUCACUAGAUAG